UCCUCCUCCUUCUUUUUCUUCUUCUUCUUCUUCUUCUUCUUAUCAAACAUCAGACCGUCUCGUUGGUUCCUGAAGGCAGCAGCAGAAGGAGCUGCUUUUUCCUCAGCAGUGAACGCACCAGAGCGGAAUCUCUCCGACAGAAACUUCUUUAACUGUUACUGCUGCUGCUGCUGUUGCUGCUGUUGCUGCUGUUGCUGCUGCUGCUGCUGCUGCUGCUGUCGGUUCAUUCAUCAAAUUCACAGCGGGAGAAAUUCUUUUUAUUUUUAUGCUCGAAUCUUCCUCGGUUGGUUCCGGUCAGGUGUUCAAUCUGAAGCCCUGAGAAAUGAGCCGCCGUCGGUCCACUCUCCUCCGGUUCAUUUCCACACUCCUGCUCUCUGUGUUUUCUGCCCACGGGUGUCAGCUGCCCUCCGAGUGGCGGCCGCUGAGUGAGGGCUGCCGGGCGGAGCUGGCGGAGAUCAUCGUGUUCGCCCGGGUCCUGGACAUCCGCCCGCAGCCCCGCGGCGUCGAGUCGCUCUUCUCCGGCUUCGGUGCGGAGGAAGGGCUGCUGUACUCGGCUGAGGUGGAGCUGCUGUGUGACCAAUCCUGGGGCAGCAUGUUGGAGGUUCCGUCUGGAUCCAGACUCAACCUGACGGGACUCGGGUACCUGCCGUGUCAGUCCCACACCGUGACGGAGAACGAGUCCUACUUCUUCUUCCUCAGGAUGGAUGAGAACUACAACAUCCUGCCUCACAGCAUCAACUUCCAGGACGCCAUUUUCCCAGAUACGGCGGAGAACCGACGCACGUUCUCCGGCCUCUUCCAGUUCUCCAACUGCACCCAGGAACGCCCGCUGAUCCACGGCUUUGGCCAACUGUGGGACCAGCAGGAGGACAGCAGGGUAGGACACACACACACACACACACACACACACACACACGUACGUUCUUUUUCUCCAAACAUGAUGGUAAGUGAUCUUUGGGUUCUCAAACUAGGGUGCUCGUCCCACUGCUGGUACAUGUCUUAGUACCGCCCUCUAUGGUCACAGCUUUGUUAUGAUUGGUCCGUUCAACCAUUGGUCCACAAACCCACGUAGUUGACUCUGGACCACGC